AUUUUUAAAUCCAAUAUAUUUAAAUAUUUUGAUUAUGUUAUUUAUUUAACAAUAUAAAUAUUUUUUUUUUAAUUUAAAACCGAAAACUAAAAGACUAGUAAUUAAAUUUUUUUUUUUUAGUCAACAAAUGAUAAAUUUAUAUUGUGAUUAAAUAUAAACAUAAUUUUUUUACUUUUAUUAUUUUUAUUUAUUUAAUUAUAAAUUCACUAUAAAUUCAAUAUAAUAUUAAUUCACUGUAAUAAUAAUAAUUAUUAUUAUUAUAAAAAUGAUGAAAGUUGUUUGCGCAGCAAGUACAUGUAAAUAUUCAUCUAAAAAUGAAGAUUCAAGUGACAUUAUUUUUAUCAGCUUUCCUAACAAUGAAAUGUCUACAGUUUGGGCACACAAUUGUGGGCGACAAGAUUUAUUAAUUAAAUCAAAUGAAGAAUUGCAUAAUAAUUAUUACAUAUGCUCAGAUCAUAUUGAAGAUCGAUACUUCAUAAGUAAAACAAAUAAUAUAAUAUUAACAGAAGCUGCUGUACCAACGUUAUUUCACCAUCAAUUAUCAAUAAACAAUGAAUCGCCAUCAGAACCACACUAUCAUGAAUUGAAACAAUAUACACCAGCAACUGAUAAUAUUAUAAACGCAAUGCAAUUAAAUAAUUGUAUUAACGAUGUCAAUGACUGUCCAUCAAAUAAUUAUGAAGACACAGCAACAUCAAAUUAUGAAAAUACAAUUUAUAGUGCUGAUUUACAUGCAUCAAACAGUAAUAUUAGUAAUCAUAUUAAUGAAAUAAAUAGUAAUGUUACUUCUAUUGAUAGUGGUGAUGGAAAUUUAAAUAAUUAUUGCAAUAUAAAUAUUAAUAUAGAACAAUUUGAUGAUGAUGAUAAUAAUGGUAGUGAGGAUAUUUCAGUAAGAUAUAAUAGUUUAUGCAGAUUAUGCGGCCAAUCAAACGGCAAUGGUAUCGAUAUAUUUUCUGACAAUCAAACAAACUUUAAAAUAAUUGAUAAAAUAAAUUUACAUUUGCCAAUAGCUGUUGAUUCAAAUGAUUCAAUGCCGCAAAAAAUUUGCUCUGACUGCUAUGAUAAAUUAGAAAUUUCUCAUUCUUUAGUUAUUACAUGCUUGCAAACUGAUAUUAGGUUGAGAAAAUAUUUUAAUCUUCCAACUAAGUAUAAUAAUGAAGAUAGAUAUCGCGAAUUAAUUUCAUUAAAUGAAAUAGAAAUAAAUAAUGAAAUAUGCAUGGAUACUUCAACAGUUGAUGAGUUAGAAGUAGUAACCGAAAAAGAUAAAUCUAGCAAUAUAGAUGUAGCUGAACUAAAUAAUCAAGUGACAGAAAGUAAUCCAGUAAUACAAACUAAUCAAACAGUUAUACAAUGUCCAAAUAAUACAUCAACAAAAUUAGAUGAUCGUUUUAAAUAUGUACUACAGUCAGAUUUAAAUAAUUUAUUAUUAGAACCAUUAGCAUCACUUGACUCUACAAAUAUUACGAAUAAUACAUCAGAAAAUUUAAUUGUGGAAAAUACUGUUGAUAAUUUAAUAAUAGAUAACAAUCAACAGUCACAAGAACAGAUAAAUUGUUUAAAUAAUGCCAAUAAUAAGUAUGAAGAUAAAUGUGAACAAGGUGCAUUAACAGAAACGAGUAGCCAUCAAGAUAUUGUGGAUCCAAUAACGGAGAAUAUAUUUAAUAGUGAUCAAACAUUUGAUGAUACUGAUGUACUAUACAAUGAUCAACGUGGUUACCCCGCAUUUAGGUGCAAAAAGUGUAAGGAUUUAUUUAGUAAAGAAGAAGAUUUAUUAAUACAUGACUUAUAUCAUACAAGAACAACUUUUCCAGAUCAAGAACGUAAAUGUGGACACUGUUCAUUGUCAUUUUUCAAUCGUAAAGAUUUACAAAAUCAUAUAUCUGAUAAACACAGUGGAUUGCAAAUGCUAUUUAAAUGCGGUAUUUGUGAUAAAAUAUAUGAAAAAUGGUCAAGCUUAGAUGUACAUGAGGCUACACAUCGUCAAGAUAAACCUUAUCUAUGUGAUCUUUGUGGUAAAAGUUUUAAACAUUCAAAUAAUUUGAGAGGACAUAAACGUACACAUUUAGAUGUAACUAAGAAAAAGAGGCAUAAUUGUGAAGUAUGUGGCAAUGCUUUCAGAUCAAGAUUUCAUUUGAAAGAACAUAUGAAUCAACAUAAUGGCGAUAAACCAUAUAAAUGUGAACAAUGUGAAAAAGCAUUUUCUAAAAGAAUUCAAUUACGACAACAUCGACUUUCGCAUGGUUUGAAUAAACACACUUGUCCUAUUUGCGGUGUAUCAUUCAAUCGCAGGGGUAAUAUGAAUACGCAUAUGAAAAGACAUAAUAAAGAUGACGGGAUGUAUACUUGUAGUGUAUGUGAAUGCAGAUUUAAAUCAAUGAGUGAAUUAAAAUUACAUCGUAAAGAGCACACUGAUAAUGAUAUACUUGAAAGUAUUAAAAAAAAAUGUAAUGAUAAAGAAAUAUUUCAAUGUAAAAUAUGUUCACGUGCAUUUCCUAAACGUGCUGCAUUAUUAAAUCAUGAGCGUACACACAAUGGUACACAGCUAAGAGUUGAAUGUGAUAUUUGUGGUAAAAAAUUAGCUAACAAAAGUUCAUUAAAAUAUCACACUAAAUCAAUACAUACAACGGAAAGACCACACAUGUGUCAAUUUUGUGGCGAAGCAUUUGUUACCAAAGAAGCGCGACUUAUUCACGAAAGAAUUCACACUGGUGAACGUCCGUAUGCAUGUAAAAUAUGUAAUAUGCAAUAUAGAUGCUCGAGUAAUCUUAGUCAGCAUAUGAAAGUUCAUUCUGAAGUACGACCUUAUACAUGUCAACAUUGUAAUAAAAGUUUUACACGUAAAGGUGCAUUAACUAUUCAUGAACGUACUCAUAGUGGUAUUAAACCAUUUACUUGUACUAUUUGUGAUAAAAUAUUCUCACAAAAAUAUGAAUUAAUUAAACAUAUUAAAGUACAUGAAAUAAAAACACUUAAUUGUGAAUAUUGCAAUGAAAUAUUUUCUUCAAAGACUGAUAUAUCUAAACACUUUGAUAGUGUUCAUAGAUUUUAUUCCAAUGAUUCUUUAAUUAAUGAUAAAAACAUUUUACUUACGAACAAUUUACAAAUAUACUCCUUAGAUUAGAUAUUGAUACUUGUGGUAAUAAAUUUCUGUACUACGGCAGUUAAUUUAUGUCUUUAUAUCACGCACUGUAAAAAAUUUUUGGACUCGGUGUGAAAAUUACACCAAAUAUCGCGUUAAAUUUAAGUGGUGUGGAUUAAAAAUUCUUACACCGUCAAGCGUGUAAAUGUGUAAUUCAUAAUAAUUUUGAGAUAAGAAAAAUAAUCAUAAAAAUAUUGAAAUGUUUAAAAUGCUAUUUAACGCGGAAUGUUGUAAAAAAAAUUAGUUUUACAGUUAAGGUAAGUGACCCCUCUAUCGGCCAGUUAAGCGUAUUUUUUUUUUCGAAUUAAGAAUUAAAAUUAAAAAAAAUAAUUCAUGUAUAAAACAGUGAUAGAACCUUGAAGCCUAUAUAUUUAACUUCAAAUUAAAAAAAAAUAUAUGUAAAAAUAUUAAUUAGAAAUUAAAUAAUAAAUGCAAAUAACUUCAAUUCCUGAUGUCCCCUCUAUCGGCUUAGCUGCCCCCUCUAUCGGCCUCCUUUUAGAUAACAUUUUAACUGAUCGGAUGUAUAUAAUUUAUUUACGUCUAUUCUAAAUAUUUAUAUUUAUUUUGAAAUUUAACUUAAUCAAUUUGUUUAUUUAUUUCGACAUUAACAAAUUAAAUUGACUAUUUUGCGUAUAAAUGCUGAUAACCUCAAAAAAAAUAAAACUAAGGUGGCCGAUAAUGCACACAGAGGUAAUUUUCUUGUAUCUAUAUUCGGCCACCCUAUUUUUAAUAUAAAUUAGGCAAAAAUCAUUAAAUUUUUGAUUCCUAAAAUUACUAUGAAACAAGUUAAUAAGAUAACAAAAAAAAUCGGACUUUUAUUGUAAUUUUGAAUUAGUAAUCGGUUAUUGAAAAAACAAGAAUACUUAACCUACCUGAUAAGAAAUCACCAGAAAUCGCAUCUAACGCACUACUAUUUUUUUUUAUAAUUAUAAAAUGAAUUUUUACAAUAAUCAAAGUAUGUUUAAUCUAAACUAGAUUAAUUUCACUUUUUUUUAAAAAACUAUUUACGCAUGAAUACGUACUUAUUGUGGAAAUAUAUCGAUUUUUCGACUAAGUGGCCGAUAAAGGGGGCCUGGCCGAUAGAGGGGUCACUUACCUUAUUUCACAUCACACGGCCUCGUGAAGUUCUCAGGGGCCAUUGUUACACCAAAAUUUUAUACAGUACAUGGUUGCGACCGAUUUUCAGCAUUGCAACAAACCUAAGACUAGGACACAAGACUUAGGCAUUCAAGCUCAAUACUUUUGUAUUGAAUCUAAUACUGAAUUAAAUUGAAUACUUUUACAAACUUUAAGCUAUACGUCAAAAAAAGUUUUAUUUAAAAUAAUAAUUUUAUCUGUUAUAAAAACAAAAAAAGUAUUCAUUUAUUUACUUGAAAUAAUUUAAAUUCACUGAUACAGACAAUCAGUAUUAAUGAUUAUAAUUGAAUUUAUAAACUGGUACGUAAUUUUCAUAGAAAAUUAUAUCGUACCAUUUCGUUUACGACAGAAUUAUUAUUCAACUAUUUAAAAUAAAAAUAAAUGAGUAAACAAAUGUCGUAGCUGAAAAAAAUUAAAUUUCAGGUGAGACGAUAAAAAUUAUUCGCUAUUGUUCAUUGCUUUCCUGCCAUGCUAAAUACAGAAGUAAUAAUUUAACAUUAGGUGGGUAAUAUUUAAUGAUUUAUUUUAAAUAAUUUUAUUUCAAAAGGUUUGAGCUAAAUGGUAAUGCCAGUCCCCUUCAUUAUUAAUUAUUUUAUAGAGACAGUCAAAAAUUCCAAUAAUAUAAAUAUUAUUCAAAAUUCUUACAUUUCAGUCGCCCAUAAAAACGAAAUAUUAUUUCAAUUUUUAGCCCAAGUAAAAUCAACUUUCAGUAUGAAAACAAAUAAAUUUUUAAAUUAAAUCAUUACUAGGGUGCCUGAGCCAAUAAAUGAACGCUUAACUUGUGAAUAUACAGUCUAUUUUUCAAUCUUUUGAUAUAGAAGGAUUCAAUAAAAUUAGAAUUUAAAUUCUAAAAGUAAUCAAUCAAACAGUUAUUAUAUUUUUUUCGCGAAAAAUCUUAAUGUGUAAGUAAAAGUUAAAUAAAGUUCAUUUACUGGCUGUGUUCAUUCACGGGAGCUCACCCUGAAUUAGAAAUUGCCAUUAAGUAUUUUUUUAAAGAAGCUCAAUUGAUUCUUUUUUUUUAUAUUAAAAUUGAGUUAAUCAAACAAAGUUUUGAAUUAAUCUUAUAUAAACUAAGUAAAUAAACCGAAAAAAAAUAGCUAACUCUCUAAACGCAACACUUAUUCUAAAUGUAAAAUAAAUAAGUAGACUUACGCUAAUAAUACUGUGAUCUAUACUUUUUAUACAAAAAUAUAUCAAUACUCAUAAUCGGUAUUGAUAAUGUGACUAUUGAAUAAUCACUUCAAACCACUGUUGUCAUUAGUCAAUAUUAUAUAAUAGACUUAUUUAUUAACUUAUUUCUACACUGUAAAAAACCGAGGGUAAAUUCGGAGUGAUUGCAAAUUUUAUUUAAACCUGCAUCCGCUCUUUUAAUAUUAAAAUAAACUCCCCUUCAGAGUGAGUUUUACUCCAAGGGAAUUAAAUGCAUACAUUUAGUCAUCCGCUCCGAAUUUACCCCGGAUUUAAUUCGCAAAUUUUACAGUGUAAGUAUUAGUAUUAUUAGAAAAAAAAAUUAAGGUCCAAAUACACUAGAAAUAAUUAAAACUUCUGUCGAUUGACUAUCGGUCCAUCUUUGCCUUCUAUCUAAUGUACAAUCAUCUAAUCUAGAAUCUUUUUUAUAUACAUAUACUUUUACAUAAUUAACUCAACAUAUAUUUAUUAUAAAAUUAUAUACACUUUAAAGAUGUUAUAUUACACUUCUAAAUUAGUUUUAUUACAAAUAUAGUGAGCAGAUAAAAGCUAUACAAAGUAAAUACUUUUUUGACUAAAUAAUUUAUUUUUAAUAAUUUUUUAAAUUUAUAAAAUACAUUUUAGUUGCGAUAAAGGGAAAUUUAAUUCUUUAAUAAACAAACAUUCUUUUGUUAAAAGUAUUUUUAUCGCUCACUAUAGUGAUAUAAAAAUAGCAAUAUAUGUGUAGUGAUUAAUUAGUCUUAAGUAGAUGGAUUAUAAAAAAAAUUGAGUGCCUCUCAUAACUUUUUAUUAACUAGUUUAGGAUGCAUAAACUCAAAAUUAUUGUUAAUGUUAGUUGUUUAAAAAAAACAAAAUGGCCCUAAUACUCUUUCAUUCGUUUACUUAUACACAGAAAAAAAAGUUAUCUUGAGUCAAGAAAUUAUUUUGGAAGACAAACGUUUUUGGUAACCAAGUCAAGAUUUUCUGAAGCCAAAAGAAACUGUCUCGAUCAGACAUCUCUACUUUAUUCGAGAAAAUUGAAGUUUUCAAAACAACUUUCUUGAAUUAAGAAUAUUUACUUUCAGUCAAAACUUUUUUUCUGUAUAUAUAUAUAUUAGACCGUGCCAAAUAAAAUCGAUAUUUGUUGUUUCGGACCCAUGGGUGGACGGUUAGAUUUAUCAAAAAAUUAUAAAAGAUUGUUUUUGUAGAGCGUUCGAAUCUCAAUGAUAUGUUACUUUGUUUCCAUUUAUUGAUCCGGUAACGAGUUAUAAAUUUUCAAAGUUAAAAAAAUUUUUCCCUAUUGUUAUUUAAAUGGGAAAUCUCAUUUAAGUGAAUGCGCGUUUUGUAAUAGAAUUGGAGGGCACAAUCUGGUACCCACUUUUUUUAUUUUACAUAACGUAAUUUUCGUAUCGGAUCGAAAAACAAAAUAUCGAUUGUAUUUGUCACGGUCUCAUAUAUAUAUGUAUAACUAUAAAAUUGUCAAUGCAAAUGUGCCAUUAUAUAAAUAUAAGAUAUUAAAUAAAAAAAAUAGUGCGUAUAUAAAACAAAAAUAGUAACAAUUAUUUACAAAAAAAAUAAAAAGCAAAAAAAAAAUAAUAGUAGCGGAUUAAAUUUUGUAAUCGAUUAUUUUAACAAUGUGGUAACGAUGGAAAUGAUUACGUAGUUUGUUGAAUAUAAUUAACUCAUAACAUAAAUAUGUAUGUGUAUCAGAUAUAAGUUAGAAAAAAAAGUCCAAACGUAAUAAUUCUAACGGCCAAAGAAAACGGUAAAAAAUAAUAUACUGUCAGCUAUUUUACUUUAUUUAAUACUCAAUUAUUUUUCUAUAAAACAAAUAUACUGUAGUUUAUGAAUUGUUACUUUAAAAUUUAAUCAAAGAUUUUAAACAAAUCUAGUAUUUUUUUUUACAUCAAAACUAUAUCAAGUAUAAAAAUAAGUCCAUGCUUACACUUGAAGCAAAAGAACGGAGUAAAGGUUACGAUGCUAAUUUCGUACCGGAACUUUUUUUAGUAUAUUAAAAUCUUAUACAUGUUUUAUUUAUUAGAGAAACUAUAAAUGAAUUUAUAAAAUAUUCGGUUUAUUAAUUAAUGAGAUAAAUAAGUUAACAAGUAGGAAAAUAUAGUUGUAUUACACUAUAGAAUUUGAUAACGUCAUUAAAAGGAGUGAUAAUUUUAAUAUUAUUAAUCCAUCCGAUGGUCGCUAAUAAUUUUUAAUGCAAUAUUUUAUAUUAAGAUAAUGCUGUUAGUUUUAGAAUUACCGUUCAGAAUUUAAUUAAAUUUGAUAUAUAUAUAUAUAUAGUAGAUAAUGAUGAGAAAAAAGUCUGAUUAAAAUUUUGAAGAGCUACAUGAGUACGCCCAGGUUUCAUCAAAUUUAUUUUUUCUCUGCAUCUCUUCGAAAAUUUAAAAGGAUUUUUUUCUUAUCAUUUCCUGCUAAUAUGUUAAAUUUCAUUGGAUUCUGAACGGUAAUUCUAGAACCGAGAGUAAUACCUGGAACACAUGGUCUAUGAAAAUAAAUAUUUUAGCAAUAACACACCCUGUUCGUUAAAUAUUACAGUCGAACUCCAUUAACUCGGCCAGUUAGUCUACGGAGAAACGGCAAUUUCUUGGGAUUUCCGAGUUAACGGAUGCCCCUUCUCCCGUAAAAAGUAAACUAUACGCAUGCGCUCUUACAUUUACAUGAAUCAUGCACAUAUAAAUAUACGCAAACACGUAUAUACGGAUAGCAUGGGGUGGGAGAAAGCUUAGCUUGUAGUGGGGGUCAAGAUUGAGGGGUAGUUCCGAGAUAAUGGAAUUCGAGUUAAUCGAGAUUGACUGAAUUUAAUUUAAAACGGUUUAAAAUAGAUUAUUUUAUGAUAAUUAACAUCAUUAAUAAUAAAAAAAUGACGCCAAUAAUUUUUAAUAUAUGUUUUAUAAUAAUUAUCAUUUUGAUUUAAUACCAAAAUAAUCAUGAAAUCAAAGAUUACUUUAUUUAUUGUGACUUAAUAACAAUAACGUGGUAAUUAAACAGUAAAUCAACUGACAAAUACUCAUAUAAAUUAUUAAUUAAUAAUCAACUUUUAUAGCUGGGUUAGUAGAAAAUGCGAUUCGGGUAUCUUCGGUUUUUUAGGAAAAUGUUAAGAUUUUAUGUUAUAGCAAGUUCGGCUCAUUGUUUAGAGUACAUAUAUUUCCAUGCAUUAAAUUAUAUCAGGGCAAAGUUCAAAGAAGAAAAACAAAGACGCAAAUGUAAGGAAAAUGAAUGUACUCAGAGCUGCUCAGAGCAACGAGUCGAACCUGCCAUUUCUUCAUGAUAAUCCGAAUCGCAAUCUAUCUCUAAUUUAACUCUAUUUGAAAAUUAAUUUUCAUUUAUUUAUUGUAUUAAGUUAAAUUAUGUUGCUCUACCACGUAAACUAUUAUGUAUUUAUUUGAAUGAUUUUGUUGAAAAUUAUAUUUUGUUAAUGACAUUUAUAAAUAAAUAAAUUUUAAGUUUUUA